UGAAAUUAUUUUACUCAAAUGUCAAAAACGAGUCAAGUAGUCGCAAGCCGUUUAAUCGCCAGAAUUUAUAUUUCGAAUAAAAAUAGUACAAAAAAAUGCACGAAUAGAAGCUCCGCGAUUUUUCGGCCGCUUAUUUGUUAGUUCGCGACUAAUCGGGUGCUCUCUAGAAAAAUCUUUUCAUUUGACUUUAAUCUUUUCAUUUUCCUUAGUUAUUCUAAUUUCAUAACGUCAUUUAAAAUUUUUUUAAAAUUUUUUAAAGAUUUUGAUGACAGAAAUGACCGACGAACAGCUUAGUCUUCUUAAGCAAUUUGUUCUAAUGUGUAAGGCUAAUCCGGGACUUUUACAUCAGCCACAAUAUGCCUUUUAUCGUGAAUAUCUGGAAAGUUUGGGAGCUAAAAUUCCAUCGGGAACUGAAUCUGGAGGUUCAAAAUCGGAAUCUUUUAAGAGACAACCUGAGGAGACUUUUGAAGAAACUCAAGAGGAGGAGAAGGAAUCUGAUUUGCCACUUCCUGAAUUAGACAAUUCUGGUGUUAUUGAAGACAAGACUUGUGGGGAAGAAUAUGCGAUGGGUGACCCAGAGAAGGAAGUUAGUGAUGAAGAUAUGGAAAAGGCGCAGGAACAUCGUCAGGCAGCGCAGAUGGCUUUUGCUGACGGUGACUAUGAGAAAUCUGUUGAGGAAUAUACCAAAGCAAUUGAAUUCAAUCCUGGUUUGGCCAUCUUACAUGCUAAAAGGGCAAGUUUAUUGGGUAAUUGGGCAGAGGCACAUCUUGAUUUGGCUCUUUCUUGCAAAUUGGAUUACGAUGACCAGGCGAAUGAAUGGUUAAAAGAAGUAGAGCCAAAUGCAAAGAAGCUUCACGAUUAUCAACGUGCUAAGGAACGCCUCGCUGAUGAGAAAGUGACUCGUGCUCGCCAAGAACGUGUUCGUCGAGCUCAGGAGGAGAAUAAGCGAGCAGCUGAAGAGAAUAAGCAGAAAUAUGGUGAGGAUAGUGAUGAUUUUGAUGGGGACGUUCCUCCAGGACUCUUUGAAUCAUUCAAGAACAAUCCUGAAUUAGCCAAAAUUAUGGAAGAAAUCAAGAAGGAUCCAUCAAAAAUUGGCCAGUAUUUGAAUGAUCCAAAUGUUCUUAACUUAAUUGGAAUGAUGGGUGGCAAAGGUGGUGGCGGGUUUAACCCGAAUGCUUUUAAUAUGCCUACUGGCGACACUGAUGACUCGACCCCAUUUAAACAAGAACCUCCAAAGAAGGCGCCAGAGCCUGAUCUUGAUUAA